CGAUUCUGUGCCCUUUUGUUUGAUCCUGUCCUGUUGAGUAUGAUAGUUUGCCCCAUAGUCAUCAGACCUUGCUGUAUGUCUUUUGGAUCCCGCCAAGACUAGCGUUUCUCUGCCUCUUGUCGGACUGCUAUGACCAAGUUUCCCGGCGGUUUUGGGAGAAGGGGGAGCGCUGUAGACCAUAAAAGAGCCAGAUGAAACCGGACUGUGCUUAUUUCUUGACUUGACGCAGAGUCACCAUGGACACCAGGCUCCUCAGCAUCACCAUCGUGUUGCUUCUACCAGGCACAUGUACGUCCCAGAAUGUGCUCCCCCAAGGCCCGUUGAGUGGCGCCGUAUCUGGCAGAGUCACCUUCACCACCACCCUGCCGCCUGCCGAGCGUCCGUUCUCCUCCGUUAGUUGGACCUUCAAAGGUGCCAACGUCGUCACAUCUAUUGAUGAAGACCUGCCCGGGGAGGGUUACGGCAACAGGAUCACCUUGGACCGAUCCACCGGGAGUCUGGAGCUCAGGAGUCUGACUAUGGCCGACAGCGGGGAGUACGUGGUCACCAUAAUACCGCAGGGGGAGGGUCAGAAACAAGCCAAGAUCACACUCAAUGUUUAUGUGCCAGUCUCCAGAGUCACCAUGCAGGGGCCCACUUCCAUCCUGAUCGAAGACCAAAACUCAGCCACCAUCACAUGCGAGGCCGCCGGCUCCGUCAGCAGCCGAGUGUGGACUAAGGACGGCCAUCCUCUCCUUCCCGGGCCCACCGUCAGCUUCUCUCCGGACAACACGAUUGUCUCCAUUCGACCCGUUCGCAGCUUUGACCACGGCAUCUACCACUGUCGGGUCAGCAACCCCGUCAGCGCUGAGACUGUGGCAUUUAACCUCACCGUAAACUGUGAGUACUGCAGACCUCCUCCAAAGUACACAAAACAACAAUUCCACAAAAUCAAAUCCUUGGUUGACCCACAUACAUCAGCCAACUGA